AUGACCCGCAUCUUUAAGCACUAUGAGUUGAACCUGGGCCUCGAGGGCGUUGCCUCCCGCAAGCUGUCGUUCAGCAGCUACCCUGGGGAGUUGUUCUCUGAUGAUGACCUGUACAUGACUGAUGCCGGGCUGGUGGUGCUGACUCCCAGGAGCGUGCUGAGCUGGCAGCGCGUGCGCUCCGCAAACCUGCUGGCGUCCAGCGGCGCGCAAUGGGUCGAGCUGUUCAAGCGCCACAACAGCGGCACCUACAACAACCAGUACAUGAUUACAGACCUGAACAAGUUCUCCCCCGGCAAGUACAUGGCGCCCGGGACGUUCCAUGUGGUGGAGCAGCUGCCCGGCAUCAUUGAGUCUGCAGACAUGACCGACAUGCUGGCGCGAGGCUAUUGGCCGUCCUACAAUGUGGCAUUCUUCCCCAAAAUCUACAACAAGAGCGGCUACCCCGAGUUCAUAGCCGACAAGGAGCGCAUGGGGGCACCAUUCGAGCAGCCAGCAGACUGGCUGAGAUACCAGAUCUCUCCUCGUGCAAAGAUGUUCCGCCGCGACCAGUCCGAUGCGAAGGACGUCGCCUCGUUCAAGCACGUCAUGCGCUACAACGACUGGCGCCACGACCCUCUGUCGGCGGGGGCGCCGUUUGCCGCGAUCUGCGGGCGCGGGGACCUGGCGCCCGAGGGUGCCGAUUUCGGGCCUGUCCUCAAGGGCUGCUACGAUUCCAAGGUCACCAGCUACAGCCAGGCCUUGAGGCUGGAAGCUGAAGUGGUCAACGGUCCAACCGCUCAGGGGCAGCCCCCUUUUGAGUGGAAGGGGCGCUGGGCCAAC